AUGAACCUGACAGCCGAGAGCCACCGCGUCCCGCUGAGCGACGGGAACAGCAUCCCGCUGUUGGGGCUGGGCACCUACGCUGACCCCCAGAAAACUCCCAAAGGUUCCUGUUUGGAGUCAGUGAAGAUUGCCAUUGAUACUGGUUACCGCCAUAUCGACGGUGCCUUUGUCUACUACAAUGAGCAUGAAGUGGGACAAGCCAUCCGGGACAAGAUUGCUGAAGGAAGGAUCAAGCGAGAAGAUAUUUUUUACUGUGGCAAGCUGUGGAAUACCUGCCACCCCCCAGAGCUGGUGCGCCCCACACUGGAGAAAACCCUGAAGAUCCUGCAGCUGGACUACGUUGACCUCUACAUUAUUGAGCUGCCAAUGGCUUUCAAGCCUGGAGAUGCAAUCUACCCAAAAGAUGAAAAUGGAAAAAUUAUCUACCAUGAGACAGACUUAUGCGCCACUUGGGAGGCUAUGGAAGCAUGUAAAGAUGCAGGCUUGGCAAAGUCUAUUGGAGUAUCCAAUUUCAACCGCAGGCAGCUGGAGAUGAUCCUGAACAAGCCAGGACUUAAGUACAAACCUGUCAGCAACCAGGUCGAAUGCCAUCCCUAUUUCACCCAACCCAAACUCUUAGAAUUUUGCAGACAGCAUGACAUAGUUAUUGUUGGGUACAGCCCAUUGGGAACCUCAAGGGAUGAAACUUGGGUAAAUGUGUCCUCCCCUCCUUUACUGAAGGAUCCUGUGCUGAAUGCCAUUGGCAAAAAGUACAACAAGACAGCUGCACAGGUUGCUUUGCGUUUCAGCAUCCAGAGAGGGGUGGUGGUCAUCCCAAAAAGUUUCAAUCCACAACGCAUCAGAGAGAACUUCCAGAUCUUUGACUUCUCCCUCACUGAGAAAGAGAUGAAAGAAAUUGAAGCCCUGAACAAAAAUGUUCGUUAUGUGGAACUGUUAAUGUGGCGUGACCAUCCAGAGUACCCCUUCAGUGAUGAAUACUGA